GUACUUUGCCCCGUUUACGCAUGCGCGCUCCUGCUUCUCUCCUCCGCCGUAAAUCUCGUUGGGCCACGGCUUUUCCGCUGCGACCUCUCGCUUACUCCCAGCGAAACUGCUCUCGGGAGGGAGGAGAGUGGAAAAAAAAUUGAACAUGUGACAGCCAAUCUAAUGACACUACUAUACAACCGACCUUGGCCGGUUCAAUGAACUCCAGCCAAUGAGAGCGCAGUCAGAGCCUGCGUCACAGCUUGCCCCACCCUAACCCCUCCUUUCUGGACUCGGAGCGCAGUCCGCGCAGUAACAAACGAAGUGCGCGCUGCGACACCUUCGAGCUCGUCGGGUUCGGCCGCCAUUUCCUCUCCUGGCCUAACGGUCCAGCCAAUCCCAGCGCGCAUCGAGAAGGACUGAAGCUCCACCAAUCGGAGGCCGCCCAUCCCGACUCUCGCCUCAGCCUGGCCCAAUCCAGGCUUCCGCCCCGUCGCCCCCGACCCGCCCCCGCAGCGCCCUCUCUCCUCCCUCUUUGUGCGUCUCGCGCCGCCGCCGCUCGCCGCUCGCCGCCAGCCGUCUGAGGACGGGCUCCGCGCGCUCUUCGGCAGCGCAGUCGGGUCCCGUUUCCCCGGAAGGUUCGCUAAGGAGAAGCCGCCGCCCAGGAGGAGCCGCCGGUGCGGGUCCCCGGGGGCGCCAUGGCGACCGGAGCGAACGCCACGCCGCUGGACUUCCCAAGUAAGAAGCGGAAGAGAAGCCGCUGGAACCAAGACACAAUGGAACAGAAGACAGUGAUUCCAGGAAUGCCUACAGUCAUCCCCCCCGGACUUACUCGGGAACAAGAAAGAGCUUAUAUAGGUCCCCUUCCCCUGAGCCCAUCUACAAUAGUGAGGGGAAGAGGCUUAACACACGUGAGUUCCGCACCCGCAAAAAGCUGGAAGAGGAGCGGCAUAACCUCAUCACAGAGAUGGUUGCUCUCAACCCUGAUUUCAAGCCACCCGCCGAUUACAAACCUCCAGCAACACGUGUGAGUGAUAAAGUCAUGAUUCCACAAGAUGAGUAUCCAGAAAUCAACUUUGUGGGGCUGCUAAUUGGGCCUAGAGGGAACACGCUGAAGAACAUAGAGAAGGAGUGUAAUGCCAAGAUUAUGAUCCGGGGGAAAGGGUCUGUGAAAGAAGGGAAAGUUGGGCGCAAAGAUGGCCAGAUGUUGCCAGGAGAAGAUGAGCCACUUCAUGCCCUGGUUACUGCCAAUACCAUGGAGAAUGUGAAGAAAGCAGUAGAACAGAUAAGAAACAUUCUGAAGCAGGGUAUUGAGACCCCCGAGGACCAGAAUGAUCUACGGAAGAUGCAGCUUCGGGAGUUGGCUCGCUUGAAUGGGACCCUUCGGGAAGAUGAUAACAGGAUCUUAAGACCCUGGCAGAGCUCAGAGACCCGCAGCAUUACCAAUACCACAGUGUGUACCAAGUGCGGAGGGGCUGGCCACAUUGCUUCUGAUUGCAAAUUCCAAAGGCCCGGUGACCCCCAAUCAGCUCAGGAUAAAGCACGGAUGGAUAAAGAAUAUUUGUCCCUUAUGGCUGAACUGGGUGAAGCACCCGUGCCCGCAUCUGUGGGCUCCAGCUCCGGGCCUGCCAGCACACCUCUGGCCAGUGCGCCUCGGCCUGCUGCUCCAGCCAACAACCCACCUCCACCGUCUCUCAUGUCCACCACCCAGAGCCGCCCACCCUGGAUGAAUUCUGGCCCUUCAGAAAGUCGGCCCUACCAUGGCAUGCAUGGAGGUGGUCCUGGUGGGCCUGGAGGUGGCCCCCACAGCUUCCCACACCCAUUACCCAGCCUGGCAGGUGGCCAUGGUGGACAUCCCAUGCAGCACAACCCUAAUGGACCCCCACCCCCUUGGAUGCAGCCACCGCCACCACCGAUGAACCAGGGCCCCCACCCACCUGGGCACCAUGGCCCUCCUCCAAUGGAUCAGUACCUGGGAAGUACGCCUGUGGGCUCUGGGGUUUAUCGCCUGCAUCAAGGAAAAGGUAUGAUGCCGCCGCCGCCUAUGGGCAUGAUGCCGCCGCCGCCGCCACCGCCCAGUGGGCAGCCCCCACCCCCGCCCUCUGGUCCUCUUCCCCCAUGGCAACAGCAGCAGCAGCAGCCUCCACCGCCCCCUCCGCCCAGCAGCAGUAUGGCUUCCAGUACCCCCUUGCCAUGGCAGCAAAGAUCCCUCCCCGCAGCGGCGAUGGCCCGAGCCAUGAGAGUGAGGACUUUCCGCGCCCAUUGGUGACCCUUCCAGGCAGACAGCCUCAGCAGCGCCCCUGGUGGACAGGAUGGUUCGGCAAAGCAGCCUGAGUUAUUUUUGUGGAUGGAAUCGGAACACGCUGGCUCCAUAUUGUGAAAUUUUUAUUAAUUUUUUCUUUUCCCUUUGUUAUUUCCUUAUCUCUUCCUUUCUUCAGACUCCGUCCAAGGAGACGCUCUCCCCGGUCUUCUGCUGCAAUCAGAUUCCUUUUUCUUUUCUCCAUUCCUCACUCUUCUCUUUCCAAGGAGAGAGGAGCAAAUGGUUUUAGGCAAAGGCCUUGGCCAGUAAUGUCAGGCUAGUUGGGAGGGGUUGUUGUUUGGCUCUAAGAUUUACAAGGGGCCAUAGCCACCCUGAGAUUUCUAAAGUGUGGGGCUUUGUCUCUGCUACCCUCAUAGAGUAGAGGCUUACUCUGCAGAUGCGGGGUCCAUAUCCAACCGGACACCCCGGCCAGUGGUGGGUGUGGCUGCUCAAGUCACCUUGGGCUUGUCCGCCAGUCCAGAGAGUCGCUUCUGCGUUCCCAGGGCACCUGUGCUGCCUCGUAAUUCCAUUUGUUCCUCUCCUUCCUGGAAGGGUUCCUUUUAAUUUUUCUUUUAAUCCCAAAUGUCUGAAUGUUUUUGCAGUGUCUAGGGUGUUGAGUCCCUUGUUUUUCGUCCCCCCCCCCCCUUUUAUGGAGUGAUUAUGUUGACAAUAAUGUAUAAUGCGCGUUCUCUUCACUGGUUUAUCUGCAGAAAUUUCUCUGGGCUUUUUUUUCGGUGUAUGAUUCAGCACUGCGUUAAAGGGGGACGUUCAUUGAAUAAAAGAGCAGUGU